AUGUUCUUACUUUAUCCAGUAAAUGCAGAAGCGCUUGGCUGCCCCUCCGAGGUCGACUUCGCCAGUUUCUGGGCUCUGGUGGAGGAGGAGGAGAACGCGCGCCGCAAGAGCGAGGGAGGCCCGAGAAGUGGACCAGGGAGGAAGGAAUUGACGUUCGAGCUGGUGUCCCGGUAUUUCUCCAUGCCGAUCAAGCAGGCGGCGCGGGAGCUCAACGUGGGGCUCACGGUCUUGAAGAAGAGGUGCAGGGAGCUCGGCAUCCCGCGGUGGCCGCACCGCAAGGUGAAGAGCCUGCAGACGCUCAUCGACAACGUUCAGGAGCUUGGGAAGCCGACUGCCCAAGAGGACGGGCACCUGACAAGGAGCUUGGUGGAAAGGCUGCAGCGGACGAAGAAGCUGAUCGAGGAGAGGCCCGAGGUGCUGCUAGAUGAGGAGACGAAGGAGCUCAGGCAGGCGUGCUUCAAGGAGGCCUUCAAGAGGAGGAGGCUGCUCUUGACCCAUGGCACUUACUGGUGA